CCAAGUAUAUGCUUCUAUCAUUCCUGACGCUCCAGGUGCAGAAUCACAUCCCAUGACCAAGAAAUUAGCAGAAAAAGUUAGUGAUUUUGUUGAUCAAUACAUUGAGGCCAUGGAGAAGGAUGAACUAAAGAAAGGAUUGAAGACUGCAAUGACGAUUUCUAGUGAAGGGAACGCAUAUUUGCAAGAUGGAGAUGGUCGCUGGUCAGUCGAGGUCGUGCGUCCGUCGUCACUGGAGAUGGUCAUUGGUCCGUCGUCAUUGGUGAUGUCGCUGAAACCUGCUCUCUGGUCUCUCAGAGGAAGGAGUCGAAAACCUUAGAAUGGAGAUGGCCGCUGCUCCAUCGAGGUCACAUGAAACUCGUCGCUGCCUCAUCGUCGUUGAUCGAGGUCGCAGGAAGAUCUAGGUCGGCAAUAGGAUAUACGCUAGAAUGGAGGUGGAAGUGAUGGAAGGGAAGCCGUGUAUUGGUUGAAAAGGGUAAGGGGAUUUGGGAUUCCUCAGAACUAGGUCGGGUAUGGAAGAGGUAACGCCUAAUCAGUUUGGUUUUGGAUUAAGGUUAAAUUGAACCAAUUAAUACAAGGGAAAAUUACAAGAUUACUCAAAAUUAGGUUUUCAUUUACAAAAUUACCCACUUGAAGUUUGUGAUAACUGAAUUGCCCAACUCAA